AUGGUACAGAAGUUGGAUAUUUCUUAUAACCAUUUUAUUGGUAAUAUCAGUUCUAACCUUGGAGGUCUUGCAUCCCUAGAAUAUCUCAAUUUGAACAAAGUCAUACUCGAUCUAUACUCUACUUUUGAAAAUUGGAUUCCAAAGUUUCAAUUGCAAGUGCACAGUUUAUCUUCAAGGGUUGAAACAAAUUCUCUUCCCCUACCAAGCUUUCUUUACAAAUUAACUUAUAUAGAUUUCACUAAUUGUAAACUAGGAGGAGAGUUCCCAAAUUGGUUAUUGGAAAACAACCCAAAAAUGAUAAACCAUGUUCUUAAAAAUUCAAUCUUAGACUUUAGCUACAAUGAAUUAACCAAUACCAUUGAUCAAGAUAUCAUACAAGACCUUAGUUAUGAAAAAUUGAGCAUUCUUCUUUUGAAAGGUAAUUACUUCAUUGGAAAUAUACCAAGCCAAUUAUGCCAAUUGAUGUAUUUAACCAUACUAGACCUUUCUUAUAACAAUUUUUCUAGUGAAAUACCAACUUGCUUGGGUAAAAUACCUUUUGAGAAUAUAAGUAUCCUUGCUUAUAUGUUUGGAAUUGACUUAUCUCACAAUAAACUAAUGGGGGACAUACCAUCUGAACUCAGAAACUUGACAUUUUUGACAUUUGAAGAAAGCAACUACAAGGGUAAUUUGUUUCUUUGUGGACUUCCAUUACCAAAAAGUUGUAAUUCUCCAUGUGUUAUUUUACCAUGA